UAUGGCGGCGCUCAGAGCACUGGGUGCUUCUGAGCUGAUGCCUGCGGCUGCCGCACUCUCUCACUCCGCGGAAUCAUAUGGCAAUGACCCGGAACUAGAAAUGAUGUGGGCGAUGAAAGCCUAUCAACACGCCGAGAUCUAUUUUAACCUGAUCUCCUCAGUGGACCCGAGAUUCCUUAAACUCACGAAGAGCGACAGUCGGAUCUACUCGGAAUUCCGAAGCCAAUUCCGAGAGCUGAACGUCCGUCUCCUGAAUCCUGAGGACCUGAAAUCGGAGGCCGCCAAAGCCGCAUGGAGGUCAUUCUGCAUGCAGUUUGAGGGCGAGGUCGAAGAUUUCAACUAUGGAACACUCCUCCGCCUGGACUGCUCGAAGGACUACACAGAGGAGAACACCAUCUUCGUGACGAGGAUCCAGUUCUUUGCCGUGGAAAUAGCCCGGAACCGGGAAGGCUGCAACACAGCGGUGUACGAGAGCUCGGCCAAGGGGAAAACCGGGAACGUCGGAAACGGGAAUCCACAGGAGGGAGAGGAUGAAACAAAGUCGGUGGCCGGCACGUAGCUAGCCUUGGUCUCCGCUCUGGGAGCCAGCGAGUGAGCCUGGCACUCGGAUACCAUUGGGGAAGACUGUUUGGAAUCUUAACGUGGCCUUUAAGUCACCCGGAGUGUUACUGGAAUCUCGCACACACACACACACACACACACACUCGCCAUGGGCAGGAAAAGCUGAUGGCAUCGAACAGUGGUUUUACAAGGUGUACACAAAAUCCUGUUACCCUGUUAAUUGUGUCCAGCAAAGGGGGUGGAUGGGUCUGCAUUAUAGUCAGUGUUGGGAGUCACUGAGCCCUCCCUUCCCAGGUUCCCACGUUGUUGUGUUAGACCCUCAGGCGUUUCCUUCCUCGUCAAUCAGCCAACGAGAGGUAUCACAAGCUUUUCUCGCUGAAUGUGGGUGAACCCAGAUUUUCUUUCUCUCUCCCCCCCACCUCCAAUCAAAUCUUCAGGUUAACUGGAACAUCAGUUGUGCUAUUUAACCCUGAAAUAAAAAAAUGGCCACAGUAA